CAUACUUUACAGAGAUAGAGAUGCUGUAUGCGAAACCAAUUUAAAACUCCGGGUGAUCUGGGCCGACUUCAACUUCCUCCUGCUGCGAAAAUGUUUUACUUUCUCCUGUUUUCAUCGUCGAUAUUCCUGGUCUGCAGAGCCAUCGUGUGUCCAUGUGAGAGACCGGAGCUCUGUGAACAGAUCCGGGACGAGAGAGACUUUGAGGUGUAUGUGUUUGACGUUGGUGGAAAGACAUGGAAGUCCUACAACUGGAGUAUGGUGACGACAGUGGCAGCGUUUGGAAAAUAUGAUGCUGAACUCAUGUGUUACGCUCACUCCAAAGGAGCGCGGCUUGUACUUAAAGGUGACGUUCACCUACCCUACAUUGUGGACCAAGACAACAGGACGGCGUGGAUAACAGAGAAAGUGAACCUAGCCAAGAGUCAAUUCAUGGAUGGGAUCAACAUUGACAUCGAGCAGGCCGUGGACGAGGGGUCGUCAGAGUACCGUGCUUUGACAUACCUGGUCAAAGGGACCACUGAGGCCUUCCACAGGGAGAUCCCAGGUUCCCAGGUCUCAUUUGAUGUUGCCUGGUCACCAAAUUGUAUCGACAAGCGCUGCUAUGAUUACGUUGCCAUCGCUGAGUCCUGCGACCUGCUGUUUGUGAUGUCCUAUGAUGAACAGAGCCAGAUCAUGGGGGACUGUAUUGCAAUGGCAAAUGCCCCACUCUCUCAAACACUGAAUGGUUAUGACCAGUUUUUGAGUCUGAAAAUCAAUCCAAAGAAGCUAGUGAUGGGAGUGCCAUGGUACGGCUAUGACUACCCAUGCCUUAACUUUUCCCAGCAGGGGGGUUUUGGUCUUUUCAGAAAAAGGAAAAAAAAGGGGUUUUUUUCGUUGGGUUUCAGGAGAGAUUUCGGAGCGUUUAAAGAUGUUCUGCCCUUUAUUAAAACCUAUGGAUUCAAUUCCUUACGAAAAACUGUUUCUUCUUAUCCCUGCAUGUCUAAGCCAUCAGGCUAA